GCCGCUUAGUUCGUUCGCGGGCGCGGUGAAAGCCAAGAGCAGUUCAAGAGCCUUUAAGGGUCAACCAGUGAUCGCGUCAUCUGGUGAUUACUGCCUUUGUUUCUCGCACCUCGCAGUCGAACACUCCUACGCAGACGUGAAGAUCUAUCCACCAACUCAGUUUCGAGACUCCACACUACACAUAUCACAAUGAGUACACGACCAGCUCAGGACCGCAUUGCCUCUCACGGCCGCGGCGGUGCAGGCAACAUCGCACCGGAUGUCAACACCGCAUACACCAAGCCCGAAGACCUUGUCACUCCUACCAUCAAGUCGAACAAAUACACUACUGGCCGUGGUGGGCAAGGCAACAUGGCAAGGAACGACGACCCCGAGCAGGCUCGUCUUGCGCAAGACGUCGAUGGCCCCACCAAGGUCUCCGAGCCCAAGGGUGCUGUUCACUACGGACGUGGCGGUGCCGCGAACAUUGUGACCGACAAGGAGCGCAACAGCGGCGAGGCCAAGCGCAGCGAGUCUGGCGGCUCCGGUGACCAGGGCCUCCUGUCCAAGGUCAAGGGCAUUUUCAAAUAAGCCAGCAGUGACGGUUCGGGAUUACGGCCAGGAAUGGUCAGCCGGAACCAUCUAGGUUUCUUGAGAGGCCUUCAGGUCCAGCUGCAAGAGUUGGAUGGGAUACGGAAGCAGGGUGUCUUUAUUUUGUCAUGAUAUACCCUGGAGUUGGAAUGCUUUCCUUGAUACCACUCUCAGUGCAUCACUUUGAAGAUAGGAAGUGUUGCACACUUUACUUAAUACUACUACACCCCCAUCGGCAUCUUCUUUUUGCACCUCAAUCAUCGCGAGAGACUCAGUACAGGCAAAUCACAGCCUUACUCGCUCAACCAUAUCACCUCGGU